AUGUCUAUCGUCAGCGAGGUGAAUACCACUUUUGAGGACCCAACAUACAGUGAGCAAAACAGCGAAGACUCACACCUAGCACUCUUUAUUCUAUGGGGUACAAUCCUACCCCUCAUUGCUUCUAUUGGAUUAGUUGGCAAUAUUUUGACUAUCAUCGUCUUGUGGAGGAGAGAAAUGCACUCAACUACAAUACUCUACCUGAGAGGACUAGUCAUCACAGACACGGGCAUUUUGCUCGGUUCCGUGAUCACUUUGACGCCUAUCAGUUGUGCCAACUACGUUCACUCAGAUGCCUCGGAAUAUUUUAAAGAUCACAUAUACCCAGUGAUCCACACACCCGGAUACUACAUCAUUAUGACAUUACAACAAUGCAAUGUAUGGAUAACCGUAUCCGUAUCCAUGGAGCGCUACAUAGCCAUCUGUCAUCCAUUUCGGGCAGCUCGCCUGAUCACCAGGAAGAAGACGAUAAUCGUUCUCAUCACUAUCGUAAUCAUUUCUCUCAUUUACAAUAUCCCGCACCUUCUGGCAACCACAGCUAGCCCGUGUGCGGCAUCGGCAAAUACCACCGCGCCGGCAGAAAUGAAAGUAACGGUUAUCAACAGUGAGGGAGAUCUGUAUGAGCUGUUGCUCUCUUCAACUCCGCCAACUCCUUUGUCUGCCAUCACAACAGCGUCAACUCCAGCACCAGUGUCAUAUUGUUUGGAGGUCGUUACAACAGAUUUCGGCAACACCGAAUUCUACAUGACCUACCGCACCAUUAUGUACAGCAUUAUCAUCUACGUGAUCCCAUUUCUUGCCCUUCUGAUCAUCAACAGCUUUCUCAUCAAGGAAUUGAUGGCCAUGCAGCAGCGACGUUCCGGUACAAACAUUAACGACGAAAACGAAGCCAACCUCAGUAUGGUUCUGGUGCUGAUCGUCAUCGUGUUUAUCUUCUGCCAGACUCCAGGACUGAUCUCGCAGUUUGAUCUCAUCAACACCGGAGCAUUCAUUUAUUGGUUAGCAAUUAGCAACCUUUUGUUCACAACUAAUUCUGCUGUUAACUUUCUUAUUUACACCGCUUUCGGGAGAAAGUUUCGGCGCGUUUUGAUGCGUGUCUUUCGACACAUAUUUCAGAAAAACCGAAGACAGUCUCAGUCAAGUUGUCGUACGUCACAAUACACAAAUGGGGACAUUGAUAAUAGCGACGAAACAACGACCCAAUGCACGUCGCUUGGCUUUUUUAAAUGUUUUAAAAAGAAGAGCAAAGAAAAUGGCAACACAGGUGAGAACAUACCGUUGAAUACUGUGGUGAGUGAUACAACAAGUGCCCAAAAUGGUAUUUUGAGGAAAAUAAAACAAAACAAUGGAACGAAGCAGAUACGUUAUGCGAAUGCAAGGGAGAACAUUGGAAAGGAACCUUUGACCGACUGUACAACCGCUGAUUCAGUGUCCCUAGCUGGAAGAAAUUCGAAAAACAGUCCGAUACACAAUUCUUUAAACAACAGAAAACUAUUGACAAUAAAUUCGGUGGUUAAAAAAUCUGAAGAUACCAAGACAAAUGUGACUUUGGGGACAAGUGAUGAACAAACAGCUGCAACACAUGAAAGAUAUCAGUAG